AAGGAUUAUAAUUUUUUUUUUUUUUUAAAAUGGCGAUCAAAUAAUUAUGAGAUUUAUGAUAAAAUUUGCGUGCUUAAUCUUGUCUAUGGUGAGAUUUAUGAAACCAUGUGAAGAAGACGGUGUUGAGGAUGGCGAUGUCGAUUUGACGAGACCUGCUGAAACUGACCACAAUGGUCAAGGCCAAGGUGGGGAAGAUAACCAGCUGCUGCGUAGUAUACAUUUGAGAGGACCCACAGACCUUAAUUCAAUAGGUGAUAACACAGCAGCGGAACAGUCUGGAGAUUCGGCAUAUACAGCCAGUGGGGAAUCUCUUCUAUCUUGCUCAGAAUUAGGUAAAGGGGAAAUAAUGAUAACAAAGUAUAAAUAAAUAAAUAUAAAUAUAUAUAUAUAAUAUAUAUAAAAGAGCCAGGCUGACUAUAUAAUGACAAAGAAACGAAUCGAUUUAAAUACUUCAAAUAUUUUUAAAAACAAUGAUAGGGAUUUUCAAUUAUUUUACGGAAAUCGAAUCAGUUUAAAUGCGCCGAAAAUAAAAAUAUAUCCGCAUUUAUUUUAAUUUAUAUUUGAGUAUUAUUAGUAUAAAUUACAAAUAUAUUUUUAAUAAUAAUUAAUGAACUAUUUUAAGCAUUAUAUCCGAAUUUAAAAGUUACGAUAUUUUUCAAUCAAUAAAUUAUUAUAUAAGAAUUAUUUUUUUAUAAAAUCAAAAUCACAUUUAUCGGGAAAAAACCCAAACAUCUCUAGAUUUUAGCGCGUUUUAGAGUGUUGUUAAUAUUGCGAAAUGAAAUUGUCUUCGAACAAUAUCAUAUUAAUAUUACAACACAACUCAAAUAAAGAAAAAGGUAUAUACAUUUCAAAAGAGCGAAAUUUUAACUUGCAAAUACAAAAGCCCUAAGUUUCUUUGACUUAAUAACCGCUUGUGACAAAACGGAUAAUGCAUUUUCCCCAUGGGUUUGCGGGAGGGGGGCGCUGCAUAUUUUAAAAUUUUGUCCCAGGGAGCAUAGUAAAAAUUAAUUACUACAAUUGAUUGCUUUUUAAAUUUUAAUAAAACACACCAAAUUUUAGCUUUGUAUUUUAAAAAAUUAAUAAGAUUUACUUAUUUUUCGUUCCAAAAUUACCAAAUUCAUAAAGCAAUCAAAACUUAACGUCUAAAAAUACUUUAAAUAAGAAGAUAUCUAUAUAAAGACCCUAUUUUGUUACAUGUUUAAACGUUGGUACGUUUUUCAAUGUUAAAAUAUAUAACCAUAAUUGUUACAAAACUAUUCUUACUUGAUAGGUUCGUUGGCUUCGUUGUCUAGGGGUUUAUUAUAUACACUUCACAACUAUAAUUCUUAGAUAAAAUAUCUUUAUUCAUCAACUAAUUCCUCAACUGCCAUUACUGUACUCAAAGAACAACACUCCACACCCAAAUCUACAACAAUAAUACGUCAUAUCCCUUUUACACAAUACGUCACAAGAUACUAAGAAUAACAGAUAAAACAACACAAAUAAUCUCAAACCAACACGCAAUCACACUAUACACUCAAGUCCUUAACAAUAAUAUUUUAAAAUAAGGAGCUUUGUGUAUAAUAUAUAUAUAUGUAAAUAUUAAGAAUUUUUUUUACAAAUGUGUGGUAAAAGGGACAUGGGACCUUUUUUAAUUUUAUGGACGUUCAAAAAUGUAUGGUGUACGUAGGAGGCUACCAUUGAUUGAUUGGAUAUUUGAUAUUUAUAUAGCGCUGGUAUCCAUGCCACUUAAAAUGCUCACUGCGCUCAGGUUUUCUUAAAUUUAUUUAAACAGAAAAAGUUUUAAAUGGUUCUCAAAUGAUUUUUUUUUAUCAUUUUCAAUUCCCCUCAAAGAUUGAGGCAAACUGUUCCAUAAUUUUGGCGCUAGCGCUUCAAAAGAGCGCACUCCAUAAGACUUUUUUUCUGUGUUCAUCCAGAUUUGGAAUUUUCAGUGAGGACUAUGUUGAAGACUGCAGGUUCUUUAAGGAUACGUGUUUAGAAAUCAGUUCUUUAAGAUAUUCCGGUGCAGAGCCAUCUAUGCAGCUGUGCGCCAGGGACACAAUUUUGUAGUUAAUGCGCUCACACACAGGUACCCAUGCCAUGGAUGAUUUUAUUAAUUUUUUUUAUUAAAAUGGUGGGGUUGGGGGAAUUCGAUACUUUCAAUUUGCCUCAGGCAGCACAAGAUGCGCCUUAGAAUAAAGGAAUUAAUUUGAUAAAUAAUUAACCUUCUUAGGAACAUAUAUGGGGGGUAGGAAUAGGGUGUGUACAUUUUUACGUGAAUGACAAUAGCUUUACAGCCAAUGAUAUUACAGUCGUGAAAAGGAGUUGUUGGAGUCUCCUUUAAAAAUAACCAAUACAUGUUUACCAACUAAGAAAAUCAUUGACGUUGACAAAACGUCGGUACAUUUACAUAAGUAGACACAUGAAUAUCGAAACUUAAUAAUUUUACAAACGUGUUAAUUUAAUCUUAAAAAUAGGGCCAUAUUUUUUUUUCUUCAGUUUAUGGACAGUUUAUGAGCAAAGAUAUGUUAAAAUUUUCGUUUAAAAAAUGGAGAAAAUAAAAUGUUUUUACUUUGCAAAAGUUAAAGUGGGUAUAUAUUUUGGUGAGAUUAAUAACAUUUCUUUUUUUUUAAAAAGUAACCUCUAAUAUAGUAAUAGUUAUAUUUAUAAACUAGGUACAGAGCAGUCACGUGACUUUUGAAGAUUGGGCCCCCCCCCCCCCCCUAAAAUAAAAUGUUUUUUAUUUGCAAAAGUUAAAAUGGGUAUAUAUUUUGGUUAAAUUAAUAACAUUUUUUUUUUUUUAAAAAGUAACCUCUAAUAUAGUAAUAGUUAUAUUUAUAAACUAGGUACAGAGCAGUCACGUGACUUUUGAAGAUUGGGCCCCCCCCCCCCGCCGCCGCCUUUCGGUUUCGUGCCUUGCCCCCGGCAUUCAUCGUUUCUGGUUUAAUUUAUUUCAAGGCUUGCAAUGCCCACUCGGUAGACAAUGGACUAAAAUGAACUAAAAGCAACGAUACAUUUUCUUGAAUUAAAAGAUCAUCUUUUAAUUGAAGCUUUAGUUACAAUGAAUGUCAAUCUCCUUUCAUAUAUUUUAACUCCCACAUCGAGAUAAAUCCUUAAAAUAAUUCUUGAUUUAUCAAAGAUUAAUUGAAGAUAUCGUAGUAUACUUUCCUAUUAAGCAUUCACAUUUAUCCUACCGUGAAAAAAAAAUGAAGUAACAUUUAAAAAAAAAAAUAAUAAUCUGAUGGUAUCGGAAUUGACGCCGUUUAAUUAAAGUGCCUCUUAGAAUACAAAUCAUGCAUUCUAAGAGGCACUUUAAUUAAACACCGUCAAUUCUGAUACCAUCAAAUUGUUAAUUAUUUUUUUUUAAAAGAAGAACAUUUACAGAAUCUUUGCCCUCUCAUUUUAGAUAUCUUUUCGAGUCAUACAAAGGCUCCAAUAGUUAUACCCACAAUGCACCAAAACCUCAGUAGUCGAUUUAAUAGAGACAUUCCUUUGAUGAUUUCUUAGGUGCUGCUGGCUUACCUUCCACCCUGACACCUGAUGGCGAGACCAGCUUUGAACUUGGCAAAUUUGCGGACAGUAAGUUGACCGAAGCUUGAGUCAAGUUUGGGAAUGUUCAACAACGAAUGUUCAACGGCGAAAGGGGGAUAUAAGUUGAACACAAAUAAUUUUGCAUACAUAAUUUUUUUAUAAAUAAAUGUACAGAAAGCAUGCCGUAAACAUCCUACUAAUUAAUUAAAUAAAUAAUCACUUAAAGCCUACAAAGGGCUUCCGGGGGGGGAGGGGGUAGAGAUUCGAGAUAGACUUGGGUUAAGCUAAAUAUUGAGGCCAGUCAUUUUACUGACUCAUCAUCAUUCUCCUGACUCUUGUCACCACUUUGCUGACUCUUCUGGGUUGGGGGGGGGGGGGGGGUAGAGAUUCGAGAUAGACUUGGGUUAAGCUAAAUAUUGAGGCCAGUCAUUUUACUGACUCAUCAUCAUUCUCCUGACUCUUGUCACCACUUUGCUGACUCUUCUUAUCGUUAUUUUGAUGGCUCUUAUCAUCAUUUUAAGGACUCUUGCCAUCAUUUUAAUGGCUCUUAACAUCAUUUUAAUGGCUCUUAUAAUUAUUUUGAUGGCUCUUAUCAUCAUUUAAUGGCUCUUAUCAUCAUUUUAAUGACUCUUGUCAUCAUUUUACUGGCUCUUAUCAUCAUUUUAAUGGCUCUAAUCAUUAUUUUGAUGGCUCUUAUCAUUAUUUUGAUGGCUCUUAUCAUCAUUUUAAUGGCUCUUAUCAUAAUUUUAAUGGUUCUCAUCAUCAUUUACUGGCUCUUAUCAUUAUUUUAAUGGUUCUCAUCAUCAUUUUACUGGCUCUUAUCACUAUUUUAAUGGCUCUUUUCAUAAUUUUAAUGGUUCUCAUCAUCAUUUUACUGGCUCUUAUCAUUAUUUUAAUGGCUCUUAUCAUCAUGUUAAUGGCUCUUAUCAUUAUUUUAAUGGCUCUUAUCAUCAUGUUAAUGGCUCUUAUCAUUAUUUUAAUGGCUCUUAUCAUUAUUUUAAUGGCUCUUAUCAUUAUUUUAAUGGCUCUUAUCAUUAUUUUAAUGGCUCUUAUCAUUAUUUUAAUGGCUCUUAUCAUUAUUUUGAUGACUUUUUUAUCAUGUUAAUGGCUCUUGUCUUCAUUUUGCUGACUCUGGUCAUCAUUUUCAUCGCUCUAAUCAUCAUCUCACUGGCUAUUAUCAUAAUUUUAAUGACCCUUAUAAUAAUUUUACUGGCCGGACGUCUCCAAUUUUCUUGAUAAGUGUUCUCCUUCUCAAACACAGAUGAUGACAGGAACCCAGUGGCAUCCUCUCAAAACGACACACCGAAGAACAGGGAAAACAGAGGUAUGUAAACCAUGAGGAGACCAAACAACGUAGACCAAUCCCAGCUAAACAAUAUCAAAUGCACUCUAGUCGGCUGCAUUCCUUGUACAAGAAACCCCAGUACAUAUAAACGAAACACAGUCCGGUUUUGUACGCAUGUCAAAGUUUCCAUAGAUGCGAUGACACGUUCCUCAACGUCACAGACAAUAAUAAAACAAAGAAGUUUUGAUUCCCCUAAAGAGUUAACUAAGAUUUGUUUCAGAUAACAAAUGGAUGAUAUAUAGAUUAUGUGUUAAAAAUCUACGUUUAUAAAAAAAAAUAAUAGAGCAGAUAAUUAGCUCAAACCUUUUUCACACUUUUUUUUUUAAUUCUUCAUAUUAACUUCGCGUUCGUUCAUGUGUUUGGGUGUUUGUGGCCAAAAAAUUUCGGACGGCUAAUUGACCCACUUCCCGUCAUCAUAUCGAGCUGAAACUUGGCACAUAGACUCGAUGCCAAUGACAACGUGUUCUCGCAAAUUUUCAGCCCCACCCAAAACCCCCACCAAAAUCAUUUUUUUAGGUCCUGUUCUUAGAAUGGAAUAUCAAUGAAAUGUGAUUGGCUCGAUGGCGGCGUGUUUAAGUGUGGAGAUUAAUUGUGCUUUAUAUUUGUGACGUAUUUGGGUUUGCAGUUAGUAUAAAAUGUAUUUUUUUGAAGGAUAUAUGAAACGUGUUUUAGUCAGAAGCUCACCCAUUUACAUAAUUGUUCUUAAUAAAUGAUAAUCACGUACAAUUACAUAAAUGCAAAAAAAGUAUAUAAAGGAUUUGUACACAAACUUUGUUGUUGUUUUUUUUAUAGUAAUUUUGUAAUCGUAACCCAUCCAGUUCUUGUAAUAUAUACCGUUUUCUUUUAAUGAGGUAAUGAUUAUUGAUUCCUAUCCAAAUAGAUUACCAAGUCACAAAUUUUGAAACCUAACCCACUUUUUUAUUUUAGUAUGCCCCACAGUUGUCUACUAUCCAACUAUGUUUCCCUUAUCCAGCCAGUGUAUCUUAUUUUCCCAUAUUCAGCCGUCGUAUCUUACUUUCAGGACAAAGACCAGGGAGAAUGUUGUGCCCGACAUGCAGGCACGGAAGACCCCCACCAACAAGUACGGAGUUUACACCCGAGAGCGUCGUGGCGCAGUGUGGCAGAUGUCAAUCAUAUUAUGACUUAAACCAUGCCAAUGAUGCUGCCACAGCUCCAACGGACGGCAAUAGCACAGACGAACAGGCCCUUUCCUCAACUUCUGGGAUAGUGUAAAACAUAUGACGUAUUGUUUUUUUAAUCUUAAUUUUUUUUGUUUUUAAUUUUUUUUGUUUUUUGAUGAUCUAUUUUUUUAUUACUUUUUUUAUGAUGAUUUUUAAAAAAAAUAUUAUUAUAAUUUUUUUUUUCUCUUAUUUUUUAAUUAUUUUUUUGUGUUGGGGGAGUGUGGUUUAUAUGUAAAUAGAUAAUUUCAUGUUGGUGAUCGAAUGUCAAAAUAAUGUUGUCCGAAAUAAUAUGUCUAAAUAUCUGAACGUGCCUUAGGCCUUAUACUUGAAGCAUGUGUUUGUUCUGAGUGCAACCAAGCCAUGACAUAUGGUGCAAGCCAUAAAUUGAUCUACGGCUCGUUCACCGUUCAGUGCUCAUAGUAACGACCACAUCCAUAAUUUUAUUGGAGUACAGUAUUUUUUAUCAGACUCGUUUUGCUGCUCACAGUUCUAACUGUCCUUGCCCCCCCCCCCCCCCCCUCCUUAACUUUGUUUCUAGCUGAGGUAGAGUGCUUUGAUUUCUUGUUACUGCAUGGUUCAACUCAAUUGCAGGGAUUUGUAUUAACUAUCCAUGACAAUUUACAUGAAUUUGUAUUUAGUAUCGAAGACAAUUUACAGGGUUUUAUAUUAAGUAUUGUUGAAAAUUUAUAUGGAUUUGUAUAACGUGUUCAUGACAAUUUACAGGGAUUUGUAUUAAGUAUUAAUGACAAUUAACAGGUAUUUCUGUGAAGCAUUGAUGAAAUUAUUCAGCGCAAUACAUAUUUCUGAAGUCGGCUAAAUAUAAUUUUCUACAAAAUCAUCCAAUCAUCUUUUUUGUUUCGUUCGAAUUUUACAACAGUCUAAAGCAGUGUCACCCUUUCUAUGGACUGAAAUGGUGAUAAAUGGAGUUUUCUUAACUUUUCUACCUGAGGUGACAUUCAGGGCUUGUGGCACAAAAACACUUAAGUUGAGUAGUCUAUGUGUAAUUCCCAAACUACGUCUAAGAGAUAGACGUAAAUAGGAGUCGAUUAUGGGACUAUUUGAGAAAGUGGCAUCUACUGGGAUAUCUGCAGAGACAUCUACAGAGACAUCUUCAGAGACGUCUGCAGAGACAUCUACAGAGACAUCUACAGAGACAUCUAUAGAGACAUCUAUAGAGACAUCUACAGAGACUUCUAAAAAAGAUAAGGCAAGAGGAUUGGAGGUUAAAAUGAAGGAGGGAGGGGUAAUAUUUGUUUGGAUCAUGGGGGGGGGGCGGCGAUUAAGAUGUCCAUUUAAGUCUGUAUAAAAUGUGAACAGCUAGUGACAGGAGGUAGGGGAAGCUAAUAAAAGGGCGUGGCGAAAUUGUUUGGAAGAGGAACAAAAAUGGUGAAGAAUUUAAAUUAAUUCUAGGAUCUUUCCUGUAUGUGUCACGUGAUUUCACCUUUCUUUCUUUUGUACCUUUUCAACUCCCAGUGGAGUAGCAUUGGCUAUUUUAAUAACUGCAUUCCAAGACUUCCGCUCUCUUUAUAUCUUCCCUAAAUAUUUCCAGCCCUUUGAAAAGUGUUGGAUACGACGAUGAUAGCGGAUAAUUAACUUUACUGUUAUGGUGGAUGAUUUAAAUUUGAUUUUUUUUUUAAUAAAAAAAAAAUGAGUGUGUGUGUGUGUCAAUGAUUUGAUUCUGUUAGCGUCCUCGUUUUACUAAUGUAAUGUUUUCUAACUAUUUUCUGGUCUCUCUAUUCUUAUCAGUAAAGAGAAAUUAUUUGACACGGGCAGUGCAAAAAAAAAAAAAAAAUUGUGCGCUGGACACACAUUGUUAAUUUUAUAAUCCGGGUACAAGG